AGUUCUUGGUGAAUAUUCGAUGCGUGUAGACACUGUGCUGUACCAGCUGUGUGGCGUUAGAACGUUUUACACGUAAUUUCUACGAUAUCGGUAGUAUUCGAUCUGAGAGAAAAGGAACAUUCAUUUUAUUUCUCAAUUCGAUAUAUUGAGCGCACGAUCAAUUUGCUCAACUGUAUCAAUAAAAGCUGAAAUUUUGAGCUUAAACAGUGAGACAUUCUAUUUUAAUUACAACGAAAUUAAUCUUGUGUAAAUUUAUGCAUAUUUUUCGCCAUAGCAACUAGCGGUUCAAUUGUUUAAGAACAGAAAGGAGAAAAACAGACACAUAUGACAAGUGCAAAAAAAAAUGUAUCAAACCUCAUUCACGUGCUUGAACUUCACAUAUCAGUUAGUUAAAAAAAGUUGCGAGGAUCGGCACAAUUGAGAGCCGCUUCACAGUUCAAAAAAGUUAGAAAAUGUGGACAGUGUUUUUACCGACGGCAUAAACCAAAACCAGCAUGCUCAUACGUAAAGCUACAAUCAACUCAAGGACCUUUAAAUAUUUGAACUAGAUAAAAUAAAACAUACUUAUUCGCAAAUCUUGAAACAAAAAUGAAUUUACGGUUCAAGUAAUCAAGUUUAAAAAGUAACAAAAAACACUUGUAUCACAUUUGGAGGUGUGUGAAACUUCCAAAUCAAAACUUUUUUAAGCAACCAAGUUUGUAAGACGAAUUCAGGAACAUUGUUCAAUUUGAACGAAAUCAAAAAGAUGGUGCUUGAGCAUCAAGGUUUACCGAAUUUCCAGAAUGCUGGUCUGCAGCCAGCGUUGCAAUUGUAUGCAGCGGCCGCUGCUCAUUUGGCACCGCGAAAUCGUGGAGCCGUUGCACCAUGGGCACCAUUUCUGCAGUUUGGAAUGCCUGGCGUUUUCGGUAGUCCAUUUUUAUCACGACCGCGAUUUGCACCAUCAGUCACAGGAUCACCGCCAAAUCAGCCGUCGCUAGUCGGUUUGAGCGGUCUGAAUGCGAUCGGCAAUGCAAACGGCUUAAGUUUAGGACAACACAAUCUCAGCGGAGCUAAUCGCACAGCACAAGGUCCACCCAGUGAAUGCUCAAAUGACGAAGGUGAUGGCGAUGGCGAUGACGAAAGCAACGCAUCAAAGCGUCGACGAUCACGAACCAAUUUCAAUUCAUGGCAAUUGGAGGAAUUAGAACGUGCAUUUGCGGCAAGUCACUAUCCAGAUGUGUUCAUGCGUGAAGCGCUGGCUAUGCGUCUGGAUUUGAAAGAGAGUCGUGUAGCGGUUUGGUUUCAGAAUCGAAGAGCUAAAUGGCGAAAGAAGGAGCACACAAAGAAGGGUCCUGGUCGACCAGCUCACAAUGCACACCCGCAAUCAUGCUCGGGCGAACCCAUUCCACCGAACGAACUGAAAGCCAAGGAAAAAGCUCGUCGCCGUAAGAAAUUGGCCAAAGCGUUGGAGCGUCAAGCGCGAAAAUUACGUGCAAAGGGCAUCACCGUGGAUAUUGAAACGCUAAAAGCGGAAUACUUGGCACAGCAUCGAAUUAACAGUGAAUCCGAUUUGGAAGAUGACGACAUUCAAAUUGAUGUUGUCGGCGAGGUUAGCGAUGACGAUGAACCAGAAGAUUGCUCAAUGACGCGACGCGAUAGCACGGACGGUCGUGAAAGUAGCGGCGACAGUGACGCACCACCAAAGAUCAGCAUCCGGUCGAAUCCAUUUUCCAUAGAAUCAUUGCUCUACAAUAACACGUGAGACGUCGUUAUUGUACCGCCACCACCACCGCCGCCACCGCUGCCCGCACCCCAACGAAACAUCAACGAAAUGUUGAGAAUUUUUCAACGCACGCAAUCUUUUAAGCAAACCACAGACGAUUGCCACUCCAAGCAUAGUACAGAUUAAUGCCAACAAGACAAGAAGAAAAGGAAUAUCAUUUACGCGUAGCUUUCGUGAUAUGCAGAGGACCAUUGAUUAGAUUAUCGAUUUUGUCGAGAUUUUUAGCACUACAUGGAAUGUAGGCUACUGUUGUGGUUAUUUUUUUUUUUUCCAAGAAAAUUUUAAGAAUCUUUAGGCCAUUUUUUUGGACCGAAAUUUAUUCAUUUUAUUGUCCAUGUUUUUUAUUUCAAAUCAAACAAUUACGCCUAAUUGCAAAAAUGAAAUAAAAUCAUGUUCACGUAAUUCACUUUUGAGAUAACUCAAAAAAAAAUGUUUUCAUUGUUUUCGUUCCCAAUGUGAAAUAAUGUACAAUGACCGUUAACAUUGAAUGUACAUUAGAACACAUAAGUGAAGAAUACAAUAUCACAUAAUAUAAAUUUAUUUAAUUAUUUUUGACAACAUAAAAAUGAUUUAUAGAUAAAACUUGUGAAACAGACAUUUCCAACGAUUAAAACUACAUUCCAUGUAGUGCUUACGAUAAUAAUUUGAAGAGAAACAUCAAAUUAAUUAAAACCCUUUAAAUUUACAAGCUUCAAGAACGCAGAAGCGGAGCGAAACGACGAUCUGCGGUCUUGUUUCUCCUGCAUUUGAAUCCUAGUUUUUUUUUAUCUUGUUGCAAAAGAAACUCUCACGUUUUUCGUUUUAGUGUUUAUUUUUUUUUCCUCUCUGGAAAAAUGUUUUGGACUCUUUAAAUCGCGAGAAACCGGAUUUUUAUCAACUAACUUAAGAAGUGUGGAAUUGAAAUCGAUCCACUCUGUGUCAAUCGAUUACACUUUUCUUUUUCGUUGGGGUAAAUGAAGUAGAGAUUUAGAGAAAAACAAAGGGAGUGGGGAGGAAAACGUUGUAAAAAAAAUCACAAUCCAGAGACAUGUAAUGUAAAUAGCUAUAUAUUGAAGCUCCUAUUCACCAGUGUAAGAAUGUAGAGUAGUAUUUUGUUUUUUUUUUUCUGGUGCAUGUAAGUUUAAACUAAGACUAUAUCUACCCAACUAAAGUUCUAUAAAUGGAACAGUGGCGUGGAGAACAUCGAUUCAUUUGUGCGCUCACCUCACAUUGAACUCGAUUCUGACUUUUUUCUCUGUUCUCAAUAACUUUAACUUGGUAAAUCGUAUAUGAAAUGAAAGAAGACAAAAAAAACAAAAACAAAAAAUAAAACAACUCAAUUGCAAUAUAAAUAUAAAAACAUUCGAAAUUGAAUUAGUAUUUAUUUGAAGAUUAAUUGAAAAAAUAAAUAAAAACAAGCAUUCUGUGAAUAUGAUUUCCUAUUAAUUUCCUAUUACUUAUAAACACUAUAGAAUAAUUGUACAUUGUACAAGAACAGUGAAUAAAAUGUAAAAUAUCGAAUUGACUUAAGCGUUUACACUCUACUGCAUUUAUUUCAAUUUAUCUCUCUGUUGUCUUCACACUGUGUGACUGUAGCAGUCGUUUGAAGCACGAGAGAAACCUUUCAUUUUAUCUUUUUUUUUUGCAUUUUAAACACGAGCAUUCAUGCAGCAAAUUCGAUAUAAUCACGAGAAAGAAGAGAAAAAAAGAGGCAUCAUAUCAAGAGUCUGUUCAUAAAAAACUAUAUUUGUAAAUAAAAUAUUUGCCCAUUGAUGAGAGAAACAACAGUAUGUAUUUAUUCCUUGGUUUUAUCUGUAAACACCCAUUGAUUGUAGCCAAUUACAAAUAGAAACCGAAACAUCGAAGAAGAAAAAGAAAACCUAAUGUAGACAUGAAACAGUCUUUUUUUGUGAAAGCAGUAGAAUUAUUACAUUAGACAACAAAAAACCAAUUUACAAUAUUAUAUAAAGUUAAAGCAAAUGAAAAACCUAUUAUCAUUUUAGCAUUGGAAGCAAAACAAAUGUGUUUCUGUACUAAAAACAAAAAAUCAACAACAAAAAAUACACUCAGAAUAUGCGACAAAGAGAGAAAGUUUAUUGAUUGAUACCAAUAAAGUAUAAAACUAAUGAAAUAACAA